AUGGCGAACAACAGCACCAACAGCCACCCCGCGCCGCCGUACCGCCCCUACCGCCUCAAGAAGAUCCUCACCGGCCACACGCGCGCCGUCUCCAGCGUGAAAUUCUCCAACAACGGCGCUCUCUUCGCCUCCGCCUCCCUCGACAAAACCCUAAUCAUCUAUUCCACCGACACCCUCUCCCAGAUCUCCCGCCUGAUCGGCCACACCGAGGGCGUCUCCGACCUCGCCUGGUCCUCCGACUCCACCUACGUCUGCUCCGCCUCCGACGACCGAACGGUCCGGAUCUGGAACGCACGCGCGGCCGAGUGCUUCAAAACUCUCAAGGGCCACACCGACAUGGUCUUCUGCGUAAAUUUCAACCCGCAGUCCAACCUGAUCGUUUCCGGAUCCUUCGACGAGACGAUUAGGGUUUGGGAUGUCAAGACGGGGAAGGCCGUGCACGUGGUCCGGGCCCACUCGAUGCCGGUGACGUCGGUUCACUUUAACAGGGACGGGUCACUGAUAGUGUCGGGAAGCCACGACGGGUCGUGCAAGAUUUGGGACACGGCCACAGGGACCUUGCUGAAGACGAUGAUAGAUGAUAAGGUUCCGGCCGUGUCGUUUGCGAAGUUCUCGCCGAACGGAAAGUUCAUUCUGGUGGCCACCCUUGAUGAUACACUCAAGCUAUGGAACUAUUCAGCCGGGAAGUUCUUAAAGUUAUAUACGGGCCAUGUGAACAAAAUCUACUGCAUAACCCCAACAUUCUCGGUGUCAGGCGAGAAGUAUAUAGUGAGUGGAUCGGAGGAUAAAUGUGUGUACAUCUGGGAUUUGCAGAGUAAAAAUCUCAUCCAGAAACUUGAAGGGCACACAGACACUGUUGUGUCGGUUACAUGUCAUCCCACACUGAACAUGAUUGUUUCUGCCGGGCUCGAAAAUGACCGGACAGUAAGGGUCUGGGUUCAAGACUAA